CAAGCCCGGGUCGAGCAAUGAGACGCCGUCAGAGCGGCGUCGCGACGCGAGCGUUCGCCUCCGUCGGCGGCACACUAGGUACACAAUACUAGCUCGUACUCAGACGAGUCCGAGCGUGCGGUCAAUCCGGUCACUGGCCGCGAUCCAAACAGAACCAACUAAACCGAUUGACUAGUGACUUUAACGAUUGGCCAGAUCUCGCGCUUACUUUAUCGCGACUUAUAUUAUUUUUAAAAACAAUAACAAUUAUUAUUAUAUAUUUAUUACUAAAUAUUUUAUUUCUCUCAUUCAAAGAAGAUAAUUGCGCGCCAAUUUACACGUGCGAAGCUCCAAUUAAGAAGAUUUAUUAUUUUAUCUGCCGCAACAUUUUACCGUAAAAAUAUUCAUCCUAAAGACGUUGGAUAACAUUCAUCGUUCAGAGUAACAGGUGCACGUGACAGCUGAAGAAACUAGAGGAAGUGGUUGAUAAAAAAUAAGCUCCGGGAAAAGAAAUAGGGAAACUUAGUUGGAAGUUUAAUCUCGUGAUGCGGUGAUGGCUCUGUUGUACAGAUUCGCGCAGCUACCAGAUCGCGGUGGCACGCGGGUCUUCUCUUUUGUGGUAACCCGAAGCGUUGUACGGGAUCCUGAGAGAGACGUCACCAGCAAAGAACUCGUUUGUGGAUUUCAAAGAUGGGCAGUUGCUUUUUCUCGCGGAGACAAGGUAUUGGGAGUAUAUUUAGUUUGGCGUGGAGCAGCUCCAGGUCUUCGUGUUUACGUUGACUUCACAUUUACGCUGCUAAAUCGGGAACAUUUUUCCGUCAACGAGGGUUUCUCUGGGAAACGAGUUAAGUUUACAUACGAUGCACCGGCUCAAGGCAACAGAAAUUACAUACCCGUAUCGGAUUUGUACAGCAGAAACUUUGCCGACCCAAAUGGAGAGUUUCAGUUGGAACUAUCGAUGGCAAACGUUAGGACGGUGUUUUCAGCAGAAGUACGACUUCCCACUGGAAUGUUUACUGCAGGUCAAUCGAAGUCAAAUAAAUUGGAGACAAGUUAUUUUACAUUCGGUGGAUUCGAUUGGAACUUGGCUAUUUAUCCGCAAGGCAACAAGGAAGACGAGCCACGUUCUGAAGGUAAAUUGAGUGUCUAUCUAAUACGGCUGACGGGUUUCGACCAUCGCUGCCGUGUGCGAUACAGCCUGGUGCUGGGAGAGGGUGAGAGAAGAAUUGAGUCAGGUCAAAUUGAUGAUCUGUCAGAUGCAGAGGGUAGAGGCUACGGUUGGCAUACUCGAGUACGUUGGUCGGAUAUCGCUCACAAGGGUACGCUGCGUGUGUCUUUGGAAAUGAUUGAGGCACGUACAUUUUCCGAGGUCGCGGUUCAAGCACUCGGACCAACAAUGUUGCCCGCAGCGCCUUGUUAUGACCGUGACAAGCAGGCUUGGACAGUGCGCGCUGAUUUACACUCAGACACUGUUAGAUUUCAUUUGGUCUACAAAGACAUACAUAACGUGCCGCGUAAUCAUUUGAGGUACAUCAGUUGGUCUGCGUAUUUGAUACGAGGCGAUGAGCCGGACAUCGAGACGAUUUUACUACCCGGAGCUCCAUUCAGUCGAUACUAUCCUCAAGAACCAGCUGACGAAGGUAUCAUAAUGGAAACAAGUCUCGGUGUCAAUGAAGUUAACGACGACCACUGUCCCUUCCUAUCGGACAAGGGUCAACUGAGGGUCAGACUCGAGUGGAAUGAAAGUCAUCUACUAUUCCAAGCUACUUACCACAAAUACGACGAUGUCUGCCGUGUACAUAACCAACAGAUGAGACGUGAAAUAGCCGCGCUUCAAGCCGAGAAUUACAGUCUCGAACGUCAAUUGUUUAGCUACCAGAAGAGUCUCGCUUACGCUCAAGCACAACAACAGCAAGCGGUCCAAGGAGUUCCACCGCCGACCAGCCAACAUUCACCGCAUGCUGGUGCUUUGGAAAGAUCCGCCUCAACGGACACCGAAUACGCCUGACAAGUGCUACCGGAAGUCAAUCGAUCCGGGGAGCAUUUCAGCCCAGCAAGACGCAGUGCUCAUCAGCUGCCAGUUAUACAGGAAAACGACCAGAGAUUGCACCAGAAUCUUGUUAAUUUAAUGGACCGUCGGCUGAGUAAUGUCCAAAUUCAGCAACAGAUGCGACGUGACUCGGACUCAAGAUCCCGUUGUCGUGACAACGGAUACAGUCCGCCGCGUGUACAGAGGGAUCCACGACAAGGACGUGGUGUUGUCAAGCAGCAGCCACGAUCACGAUCCAGCUGCGCUGAACCUGUAGACAAUACUAACAAUAGUUGUAGUAAUAAUAAUAAUCAUAAUAUUAAUAAUAACAAUAACAACAGCUACAACUGUAGGGGAUACUCACGAAACUUUCCAGGAUUCACGGAUUCAUACUGGCGUGGUCAGGCUGCUAAUCAAAAGAGACGUCGGCCAACUUUGUGGGAAACUCUUGCUGGGCUCGUGUGCUCUCUCGGGGCUUUGGCCUCCAGGGCAGCCAAAAUGGCCGCACGUAGGAGUGACAUGCUUUGAGAAUUGAAUAGACAAGUUGAUUGUCGUCAAUCGGAAUGUUGGAAAACAUUUUUUUUUCCUUUUCAAAUAGUAGACACACUAAUGAGGUCAAAAAAAUUUCAAUGAUAACAAUAAUAAUAAUAAUAAUAAUAAUAAUAAUAAUAAUAACAACCAUAAUAAUAAGAUUGACAUUCCGAUUACACUUCUAUCUACUUGUCAAUUUCUCUCGACAACAAAAUAAUAAAUUUAAUUUAUAUAUUUUUCUUCUGAUAUAAAAAUAUAUAUAACAAAAGACUUUUUUCACUUAUCUACGUAUAAACGGUCGUUUAAAUUAUAUCUUAUGAUCGAUUGACAAUUAUAAUUAGAAUUCAUUCUUACUAUAGGUAUGCAAUGAAUAACAAUCGUAAUUAAAUAAUAAUAAUAAUAAUAAUAAUUAAGAAAUUUAAAAGAGGAAUUUACAGUAAAGGUGUUUUAGAGUGAAUACAAACGCUACCAAUCCAUGGAUGCAGUAUAAAAAUGUAAACAACUUUUUUUUUUUUUAUUGAACAUUUGCAGAUAUUUAUUAAAAUUUUUUCAACGCCAUCGAUAACUCGGAGUAGAUUAAACUCAAAUUUUUAUCGCUGGCAGUAGAUCGAUCAGACACUCAGACACUCACCAUAUGACAUUAUAAUUUACUGUCAAUUUUUCGACAGCUGUAAAUUUACGUUUUGCGUCAACAAUCUGACAAAUUGUUAUUUUCGUGUAAAAUUCUCUCAGUACACAACAAAUUCAUCAAACUUUUUAUUUUUACAAUCGAUUUACUUUUCCCAUACGUGACGGAAAUUAACCGGAAAUAUAUUUCCAUCUUUUCGUUCUCAUAAUCAUUUUUAAUCGACAAAUUUAUGUCGAAUAAAAAAAUUUUCAUCAAUUAGCAGCCAAUUUAUUUAUUCGUCAGCAUGAAUUCGUCCAUUAAAUUCAUUAACGUUUAUUUUAAACACUUAAAAUAAUUACUGUGCAUUUAAAUUAUGGUAGCAGAUAAUUUUAAAAAUAAUUUAAUAACUAGUGUUUAAACACAAUCAUAAGCAGCGUCAUAAGUAUCAAAAAACUCUCAUGUAGUAAUUUAGCAGAGAGUCUGUAUACUUUGUACAUAUCUACUAAUAAAUAAUCUUCACUGCGGUCGCGGUGUCUUCGUGAUUACGUAGACUUGUGUAUACGUGACGCCAGGAGCAUGCAAUUAAUUAAUAAUCCAAUUAAUCCUAAAGUUCCGAGAGCUUGAGGAUCUAUCGUUUUGUCAUCACCCACUGAACAGCACUAGUACAGUCGACGCAAGCUCUCUACGUAAACACGAAAAAUCGUUAUGCAUUAACAAAAAAAUAAUAAUAAUAAUACAAAUCUGUACCUACAAUUAUCAAUUAAUAAUUAUAUAUUAAUAUACAUAUACAUAUUAUAGACUAUAUAAUAUAUUAUAUAAAUAUAUCGAUCUCUAGUGGAUACAAAUAAAAAAAAAUAAUUAAUUAACUCUAAAAUAAAAAAUAUAUCAAGCGUAUGCACAUAUUGCGCACUCCCUGCUUGAACAAUUUUCACGAGUCUGCUACAAAUAUAUAUAUAUAUAAAUAUAUAUAAAUAUAUACGUGUGUACAUGUUGUAAACUAAUCUCUCAUAUGUCGAUAUUUACAAAGCUUCUCCACACAAACUACAUAAACUCCACAAACGUACAAAAGAAUAAUUAUAAUCCGUAUCAUGAGCGAGUAUAAAUUCAUUACUUUAAACUCUCACUAUUUAUUAAAACUGGAAAAUCUCUUUUAAUAUAUUAAUGCACAAUACUUAUGUAUAUUUUUAAAUUUUAAAUUAAAUAUUUUAAAAGUAACUUACUCGAUUUAAUAAAAUGUAACUUUGUUUUAUUUUAAUUACUCGCAGGGAAAGUUUUAGUAAAAAUUACCUAAAGAGUAUGAUACUGUGAAGACGUGUGGUAAAUAUAAAAAUUUUUUCCAUGCACAUUGUAAAAUUUAGUACUCGAUAGCAUGUAAAGGAACUGCAAUUUCGGGGAUUCUACGGUUUCCGUGGCGCCGCUAAAUGACCUUGAAUUCCCGUAGAACUUGACGAAAUAAGACUUUCUUAAAGGAUAAAAUUUUUCGAUAUCUCGGUUAGUUUUUGAGAAAAAUGCGAUUUUUUUAAAAAAGUGAAAUAUUUCAUAGAUUUAAUAUCUAGCAUUUUUUUGUAUUUUUUUCCGGGAAGUGCAUUUGAAGACGAAAAUUUUGAAAAAAAAAAACGUCUGAAUUAGUCCAUUUUUGAAGAAGUUAUAGCUAUUUGAAACAAAGUCUUAUUUCCUCGAAUUCUACAAGAAUUCGCGAUCAUUUGGUGGCGCCACCGAAACCGCAGGACUUUCCGCGAUUUCUAUUAACCUUUCGUUCUCGCGUCCACUCGCCUGACGAUUUUCAUCGCGCGGCGAGUACUGUGCCGCCCAUGCUAAAGGAAAUGCGACGUUGCCAAAUUAUAAUGCUGUAAUGAAUUAUUUCUUACAGUAACAACAGUAAGUUUGGCAACGUGGUCACAAAAAUUGAAUCGACGAUUAAACUCGCAUAAUGAGCACUGUGCCGCUUUUUCACAUUCUUGUAAUACAUAAAUAUACUUUUUUUAUAUUUAAAAUAUAUAUUUAUCAAUUAUAAUCAUAUUUAACAAAAAUGUAGAUUUCAAAAAGAGAAUUGGUUAAGUAUAAAGUCACAAAUAUCCAUACAGUAAUUUUUAUUGCAAUUUUAGUCAAAACGGCGGCGUCACGCUCAUAGCGCGAGUAACGAAAGGUUAACAACAUAGUCAAAAUUUUGUUACUGGCUAUAUAUCCUUACAGUAGCAAACUUGGGUAAUUUUUACUCAAAAAUUAUCUGCAUGUAUAUACCGGCAAAAGAUCGGUAUGAAAUAAAAUUAAUAAGUUGGCCAGUAUUUUUUUUUUUUUGCAUUAAGACAAUCGCACAUAUUUUUUAGUCCUUUUUGCAUUAUAGUAAUUAUUCACAAAAGCUGUAAUAAUGCAGAGAGCACUGUUUCUAUUUUAAUGAAAAGAAUAAUACAUAAUUAAAUAGAAAAAAAAAUAUAUGAGCCCGGGCCUUCAUAUAUAUCUUGUAGCAGUACAAAGCUUCGAUACAAUAUCUUAUAAAAAAAAUUUAUAAUCCAGUCACUUUGAAUACUCUUAUAUAUUAAUAAUAAUAAUAAUGAUAAUAAUAAUAGUAAUAACAAUGAAUAGAUGUAUAAUAUCAUCGUUAGUUUAUAACGGAGCCAAUGAGCUUUGCUAUUAAUUAUAUGCAUAUACAUAUAUAUAUUUCUGUAUACAUAAAACUUAAAUUUAUUCUAUAACGAGGACUUGUGCUCAUUACCCAGUGAGCUUUCCAAGUUUCCAGCCUUCACUUCAAUAUGAAAACUGAUUAAGUAUGAAGGAUACUAUAUAAUGACAUAUACAUUACUCUCUCACUUUCUUUCUCUUUUACAUGUUCAUUCAUCAUUAUCAUUAUUAAUAUACUUCAAACUUCAUUAUCUAUUGUUAGAAAUAUUUUAUCUGCAAGGCGCAGACACAAAUGAAAGCAAGACGCUUUGUUUUGUUUAUAAAUAAUUUGCUACGAAAUUAUUACUUUUAGAAAUAAAUUUCAUAUAUUCUAUAUACUGUCACUCUAUUAUUAUUAUUAUUUUUAGUUAUUAAAAAAUAAUCAGGGGUGUGCGAAUAUCGUUCGAAUCGAAUAUUAAUAGUCGAUUCGAAAUUCGAAUCAAAUAAUUAGAAAAAUUUCGAAUAAUUCGGAAACUUAAACAUUCCAAAAUCACUUCUGUAAAUAUAAUUAAGAGUUACUUUGAAUUUUUUUUGGUAAACUUUUUCAAAAAUCAAUUGUUAGUUGAAAAAUAUUAAUGACGUUUGUUUUAUGAUAAAAACUAUUAAAAAAUUUUUUUCUUCUUUUGUAUCCAAUAAACAUGUAAAAUAUAAUUUUUCUUCAUGUAAAUUACUUAAAAAAAAAUUCAACUUAAUCAAAUUCGUUUAAAAUCCGGAAUUUUUUUUUCCUUUUUUCAGGGAGUACCCCACUUUGCCCGCAGAAAUGAAAAAAUUUUUUUUUUCAACGGUAACUUAAAAUUUCUUCUAUUUACUUUGAAUAUCAUUAAAAAAAAAAGAUUUAGCGUAUUUGAGUCCUCGAAAACUUGGUAUUUCCUUAAGUACCCCCUUUUGCCCCUCCCUCCCCUAUACAUUUUGAUUAAAAAUCAAUUACCCGGAGAAAACAAUUGUUCAAUUUCAAUGUAUGUUCAUCUCUGUCAGUAACAUAAAAAAUCUAGAUACUAAUAUUGGCAAGAGAUCUUUUCAAUUCAUUUUGGUUUUUAUAAUUAUUAAUUUCCGUUUGAACAAAAAUUUGUAGCAAAUUUUCAUACUAAUUUUUCUAUUCGUGUAACUAUAUUUCAUGGUUUAAAUAAAAUAUAUAUUAAUUGUUAAUUUCAUAUUUAAAUAUCGAACAUAACAAACUCUGAAUUCAAAAUACUCUAAAAUUUGCGAAUAAUAUAAUAAUUCGAAUUAUUCGAGUCGAGUUUUGAAUCAAAUAUUAAUUCAUAAGUUCGAAUUAUUCGUACACCUCUAAAAAUAAUUAAAAAAUUAAAUAACGUUCUGUAAAACUUGUAGCAGUUUUUUUAUUUUUUCUAGACAAUUGAAAUUUAUUAAAAAAAAAAUUAAAUUUUUUUAUUAUUUAAAUUGUGAUACAAGAGGAAGUGAGUGAAAGAGAUAAAUAAUUUUUUUUCAUCGUUAUUUAUUUAGUUUUUUUUAAUUCUAAUUAUCGAUCGACAGGAAUUCAAUGCUGGCGUUCACUCAUUCACGCUUUUUACGUCCGAUUAUCAAUACAUAUUUACUGUUCCUCUGCGUAAUAAAAUGAAUACAUAGUAAAUAAAUAAAUAAAAAAAAUUGUAAACAUAUUUUUUGUAAUGAAUAUAAAAAAUAAAAUGGUAUAUGAUUGACGGUAUUAUAUUUUACUUGAAAAAUAUCAGCGCAAAGUUCAUGUUAUUUUAAAAAACACUGGCCAAACGCGUUGGGAUUGUCAAUUUAACAAAUGAAAUGAAACAAAUAAAUAUUAUUACUUACUACUAUUAUUAUAUAUAAAUGAAUAUAUAUUAUAUUAUAUUAUAUUAUAUUAUAUUAAAAAUAAAUGAUUAUAUUAUGAUGGGAUAUGUCUUUAAUAUCUACUCAUUUAUAACAGGGUAUACGUAAUUUUAAUUUCACCACUAAAUUUUUAAAUUCAUUUUCUCAAGAGCACUAAAGAAAUAUAUACAUGUAUACUUUAAAAAUAUGGAUAUAUUUCUCGUUAGUAUAAAUUACAAGGAAAUUAUUAUAGAGAAAGAGAGAGAGUUUUAAACGAAAUCGAUAAUCCUAAAGAGGAAGUGAAGAGUUAACAUAUUAUUAAACUAUUUAAUUAUUAAAUUCUAUUUAAAAAAAUAAUAUUGUGGGUUAUAAAUAUAUAUAUAUAUUAUAAAAUAGAAAUAAUAAUUGUUAGAUAUAUGUUUAUAUUUAAUUACUGAUUAUAAUUAAAAUUAUUAUUAUUUUUUUCUAGCCUAGUUUUCACAAUUACGAAUUUUAUUUAUAUGAUUAUUCACACAAUAAAAAAAAACUUGAUAUAUUAAAAAAUAAAUAUUAAAAAAAAUAUUUUGAAAAAUUUCACGUAUAGUUAAUUAAAUUUUCUACAUGUGCAUUUUUUUAGAAAUAUUCUUUUUUUAUUAUUUAUCUGUAAAAAAAAAUUUAUUUAAAUUUAAAAUGUCUGCUAACUUUACUGUCAUAUU